ACAGGCUCAUCGUCUAGAUCUCGACCGACGCUGGGGCCAUUGUCGAGGAGGGAUCCGAGCUCGAGAGGGAGCUCCAAUGGCGGAAACAUGGCGAUCGCGCUGAAUCCGAUCGUGGAGAUAGGGGAGCGAUGGGGAAGAAGAAGGGCAUCCCCGAGUGGCUCAACAGCUCCCUCUGGUCCUCGGUCCCCUCCUCCAACUCCCACGCCCCCAUCGUUCGAUCCGUCCCCGAACUCCCCCCCGAAACCCUAAUUCCCUCUCCCUCUUCUCCUCCUCCCACACCUCCUCCUCCGCCUCCGGAGCCCUCGCCUCUUCCUCCUCCCCGAUCUCCUCCAUUGGAGGAGAUAUCGCGCCAAUCUCAGCUCUUAGCGGAGCUGUCGAAGAAGAUUGUAAAUCUCGAGGAAUUGCGGAGGUUGGCUUUUUACGGGAUUCCGGAUGGCGCCGGAAUCCGUUCGACUGUGUGGAAGCUCCUUUUGACUUAUUUGCCUAAUGAUUGUGAAUUAUGGGCGGGCGAAUUGCAAAAGAGGCGGUUUCAAUACAAGGCUUUCAAAGAUGAGUUUCUGGUGAACCCAUCGGAAAUCACACGAAGGCUAGAAGAAUCUUCUAGUUGGAGUAAUGAAGUGCCGCAACAUGAAGACGGCGGCUUGCUCCAGAGAUCGGAGAUAAGUCUGGGGGAGCACCCUUUGAGCCUUGGGAAGGCCAGUGUCUGGAAUCAGUUCUUCCAGGAUUCAGAGAUUAUUGAGCAAAUUGAUCGAGAUGUGAAGCGUACUCAUCCUGAUAUGCACUUUUUCUCUGGAGACUCAUCUCUUGCGAAGUCCAAUCAGGAGUCAUUGAGAGAUAUACUAAUUAUAUAUGCAAAGUUGAAUCCAGGAAUAAGAUAUGUCCAAGGGAUGAAUGAAGUUUUGGCCCCCCUUCUCUAUGUAUUUCGGAAUGAUCCAGAUGAUGGUGAUCCUGCCUCUGCAGAAGCCGAUGCUUUCUUUUGUUUCGUUGAGUUGUUAAGUGGAUUCAGGGACAAUUUCUGCCAAAAACUUGACAAUAGUGUUGUUGGUAUUCGGUCUACACUUACUAAACUAUCAGAGCUUCUAAAGAAACAUGAUGGAGAGCUUUGGCGCCAUUUAGAGGUCACAACAAAAGUCAAUCCCCAAUUCUAUGCUUUUAGAUGGAUAACUUUGUUAUUGACUCAAGAAUUCAAUUUCGCUGAUUCCCUUCAUAUCUGGGAUACACUCUUAAGUGAUCCCGAAGGUCCUCAGGAAACACUACUGAGAAUAUGCUGUGCCAUGCUGAUCCUCGUUCGAAGGCGUCUAUUGGCAGGUGAUUUCACUUCCAAUCUCAAGCUAUUGCAGAAUUACCCGUCAACAAACAUUAGUCACCUCCUUUAUGUUGCCAACAAGCUGCGUGGGUGACAGACAGGUUAACUGUCAUUAUAUGUUUGAUCUGUCCAAUGUCAUGGUUUUAACUAUUCUGCAUUAAAAGUGUUUCAGAAUCUUUUAAGGUAUUUACAAACAGCAUUAUAGUGUUAUGAAUUUUUUUGUGCAUUGGUUCAACUCUUUCCUUUGUUUUUAUCUGUGUGCAUAGUGACAUGAUUUAGACGCACCCAGUGCAAGGAAGAUAGUCUAUUACUGUUUCCAUUGAAACAUCUUUGCCAUUUGCCAGAUCAAUUGAACGAACAUCAUAAAGCGCUUGCAUUA